CAUAAGUUUCAGGCUCCAGAGGCAACAAAUUUCCACUUCUAUAUAAGGUCCUCAAAUUUCCACUUCGACAUGCAAGUGAAGCCAUAAGUUCAAGCUUUCAGAGUGAUCGUUGAGAUCGUGCUGUUUAGAAGUUCGAUAUCCCGCUACAGAGGAUUCAACAUGGUUUCGCAAACGAUUUUGCGCCAUAUCAUUUCGCGGGGGUCAAGUCGAUCGGGCCGGUUAUUAAUUCGAGGCUUUUCGACGGCGACGGAAGCAUUGGCGGUCAAUGGCAGCGCGUUGGCUGUGCGUAAGUUCGAGCCCAUCGUGGUCCAACCCGAGUCCAAGACCCCAGACGGGUCCUACUUCCUGUCAAGCCUCGAUCAGGCAAUUCCGUUCACCAUGAAGACGAUCCACCGCUACGAGAAAGGCGGUGACAACGUCGGGGACGUGCUCAAGCAGGCUCUGUCCAAGGCUCUGGUCCAUUACUAUCCGCUUGCAGGCUCCAUGGCCAUAAGCCCGCAAGGGAACUUCAUGGUGGACUUGACGCAAAAGGCCGCGCCGUUCGUGGAGGCGGAGGCUGACUGUAGCCUGGACGUGCUCGGCGACGUCCGCAUUCCCAAUCCCGCCGUGACAAACAAGCUCACUUACUCCGAUCCCAAUGCCAAGAACAUACUCGAAACGCCAUUGCUAUCUGCACAGGUGACGAGGUUCAAGUGCGGAGGAUUCACCCUGGGCGUCGGAAUUAGCCACAGCCUGGCCGACGGCCCCUCCGGGAUGAACUUCAUCAACUCGUGGGCCGAAAUCGCGAGGGGGAAGCCAGUGUCCGCUGUCCCUUUUCUUGACCGAACUCUGUUGAAAUCGCGGAUGCCUCCUCGGACCAAGUACCCCUACGACGACUUCGUCGAGAUCACCGACACGUCCGACAUGGAACAGCUGUACCAAAAAGAUCCCAUGGUGUACAAGCUCUUCUCCUUCGACCCCGAGAAGAUUGCGGCCAUAAAGAAACUGGCACUAUCUGACGGGAAGCUGAAGAGCUGCUCGAGCUUUGCGGCCGUCUCGGCGCUGGUGUGGCGCGCGCGGAGCAAGGCGCUGAAGAUGAAGCCUCAGCAGCUGACGAAGAUCCGCAUGCUGGCCGACGUUAGGUCCAAGUUCGAGAAGCCGUUGCCCCAGAAUUACUUCGGCAACGCCGUGGUGACGACCGCGGGCCUUGCCACCACGGGGGAGCUCUGUGAGAAGCCGAUCUCGUUUGCCGUCGAGCAGAUACAGAAGGCGGUCGAGUGCGUGGACGAGGAGUACGUGUGGACGAGGAUGGCCUUCGGGGACACGUACAGGCCACAGCUCUCGUCGGUCGGCACGCUGGUGAUCAGCUCAUGGACGAGGUUCGACUACAGCAUGUCGAACUUCGGGUGGGGCAACCCGUCGCAGUUCGGGUGCGGUGACCUGGGGAGGGAACUGUGCGUGUUCAUGCCGGAAGGGGAAGGGAAGAAAGGGAUCGCGGUAGUGCUGGUCUUGCCGCACUCGGCCAUGAACACCUUUGAAGAGCUGGUCCAAAUUUAAGGCCUAGACAAGAGAUUAUGCGCUUAAUCGUCUUUGCUUAUUCCAAAAAAUAAUUAAGAAUUUGUGGUUUUUUUUUUUUUUUUAAUGUGGCGAUAAAUUUCUUUCGGUGUAAGCAUUGAAUUAUACAUGUGUCUGGCGAGGGGCACGUCAACGUUGUUUAAUAUUUGAAUUG